GCACUUUUUAAGUGGUGACGAGCGAACGAAUCGGUCGCGUUUGGCUGCCGUAAAGAGCCUGAAAGUCCUUUUGUUUCAAAAGAAAUCUUAUUUGAAGAUCCCUGAUCCCUCGAAGGAUCGUCUAGUGUAAUAGUUAGACUAGGUAAUUUGCUUUUGGAAAAAUAAGGACACUUUUGUUCUUCGAUUGUUGCCCCGCAAUCACAACAAAAAAAAGACAACAAAGCGGAGACAAAGAAACGAAACGAGCGCCAAACGAAGUCAGUUACGGAAAAACCUUGAAGGUGACUCACUGCCAAUAUCACUGCCGAUUCGGAGACUGAUCACUGCCAGUUGAAACAACAACACAUAUCCUUGGAGCACCUAAUAAGCGGAGUCCCCGGAAUAAAAAACGGAAGCGAUAUCCGGAAUGGAGCCGCACGAACGUGAGAUUGGAAUGCCGAAGAAGCAUCGCGAGCACAUUCGCAAGAAUCUGGAUCUGCUGGUGAAAUCGACGAACUAUGGUCAAGUGGCUGCCGAAUGCGUCCGCCUGGGCCUCCUGUCUAUCACGAUGCUCAGGAACGUGGAGGAUCUCAAUGGGGAGCGAUUCAACAUGGACGAGGAGGAUGUGCGAUUGGAGAUGCAUCGUGCGCUGUUUUUGAAGAUCACCAAGCGAGGCCCCACCGCCUACAAUCUUCUCAUUACUGCCCUGAAAAAUGUGAAUUGUUUGGAUGCCGCCAAGCUACUCGAAUCCGUGGAGGAACCCAGUUCAAGGCCACCGUUUAUCUCGCUAAACGAACGGAAGACCAGUCGCAAAUCAGCGGACAUCGUGGAUACUCGGUCGCCAGAUACCUGCGAAGGAGCCUGUGUCAGCAAGAGGCCCAUAAACGAACCGCUCGGACCGAUCACCCCGUUCGAGGAGCCCAUCGAAGGAGAACUGCGCGAGGUGAAGAAGUCGGACAAGAUACACACGGAUGACGUCGUUGGCACAUAUAAAAUGCAAUCACGCCACAACCGCGGUGUGCUGCUCAUGGUGAACAUCAUUGACUUUCGGGAUCCCAAACGCAAGCGAAAUGGCGCCGAGGUGGACAGUAAUUCGCUCAUCCACCUUUUCCGCGAAAUGGGAUUUACCAUUUUUGCCUAUGGCAAUAUGGAUCAGCAGCAGUUCUUCAAAAUACUUGACCAAGUUACCUCGUCGACGUAUGUCCAAAACACCGAGUGCUUUGUAAUGGUGCUAAUGACGCAUGGCAAUCGAGUGGAGGAGAUCGACAAGGUGGAGUUCUCCGACGGAUCCGUUGUCGAUAUGCACAGGAUUAAGAGCCACUUCCAGGCGCACAUCAGUCCGUACUUGGUGCACAAGCCAAAGGUGCUAAUCUUUCCCUUUUGCCGCGGCGAACAUCCCGAUAUGGGACAGCCGAAGGGUCACUAUGAUGCCACGGAGCCUGUGCUUCCACUGCCGAAACAGCUUGAACCUCAAAUCGAGACGGAGGGCAUGUCCUCCGUCUACACAAAUGUGCCAACUCUCGCCGAUACUCUCAUCUGCUAUGCCAACACUCCGGGUUAUGUUACACACAGGGAUUCCGAGACGGGCAGCUGGUACAUCCAGAAGUUCUGCGACGUGAUGGCCGAGCAUGCCCACAAUACAAACGUCGAGGACAUCCUAAAGAAAACGCACGCCUCCGUGGGCAAUAUGCGCACCAAAAAGGGUUCGAUGCAGACUGGUGCCUUCGACAAUCUUGGCUUCAACAAGAAACUCUACUUCAAUCCGGGAUUUUACAGCGAAUAGCAGCAGACACUGCCCAUAAUGAAAGCAUUCCCGACUUAAUAUUUGCAUUUUUAAACCAAUUUAUGUUCGUAUCGUCGCAUUUAUGUCGUUUAGAUUAUGUGUGCUAGCUAUAUGUGUGUUUUGUAAGCAAUACUCGUCUACUUGUUCUUCAAAUUCGUAUUGUAUACCUAUUUAAGGGUAGAAAAAUUAUGUAUUUGUAUGUGAUAACUGCCAGCUAAUUGAAAAACAAAUUCUAAAUUUAAUUCAUCCAUCCAGCCAAAUUUAAGAAAUGGAAAAGUUAAGUACAAUUCGGAACAAUUUUCAGUCUGUUUUCAAUAGAUUAGAAAAGGAACAAUUAAGUAAGUUAAACACACUUUUUCAGUCUAAUUUUAGAGACUUUACUUUUACAAAAUAAACGAUUUUUCAUUUUUCGACAGAACGAAAUGUUUUGUAAAAGAA